ACCCACAAUGCUCCGCGGCUCAGCCGCCGCGCUUCCGGGUGCGGGCCCAGGAGGGCGGCGGGCCCGGCACGGCGCCAGGGGCCGGGGAGGGUGAAGUUUCUCCGACCGGAUGCGAACGAGCGGGCGGACGGAGCAGGAGGGAGCUGCGCCCGGACCAUGAGGCUCCGACUGUGGCUGGUCCCUGCCCUGGUGUUGCUGUGGGGGCCGGGCGGGCUGGAGGCGCUGGGGCGCCCGCCGCGCCGGCAGCGCUACGACACGGUUGAGUCCAUGCUUUCAGACUACGACAUCCUCUCUCAGUCUAGCAUCCAGCAACACUCACUGAAAAAGAGGGACCUCCAGCCUGAGACGCACGUGGAGAGGCUCUUAAGUUUUUCAGCCUUGCAAAGGCACUUUAAAUUAUACUUAACUGCAACUGCUGAACACUUUUCAGAAAAAUUUCAAGCAUUAAUUGUGGAUGGUGAAGGCAAAGAAAAGGAAUAUCGUGUUCAAUGGCAAGACUUUUUCACUGGACAUGUCGUUGGAGAGCAUAAUUCCAAGGUUGUGGCACAUAUUGGGGAUGAAGACUUUACAGUAAGAAUCAAUACUGAUGGAGAAGAAUACAAUAUAGAGCCACUGUGGAGAUUUGUAGAUGAUGUGCAAGAUGAAAGACUGUUGGUCUACAGGUCUGAAGAUAUUAGAGACUUCUCAAGAUUGCAGUCCCCCAAAGUGUGUGGUUAUUUAAAGCUGAAUGAAGAAGAACUGUUGCCAAAAGGACUGGAAGACAGGACACAAAAUGAAGCAAACAUCCAUCGAAAGAAAAGAGCUGUUCCAGAGACCUCCAAAAACACGUGCAAGAUGUUGGUAGUGGCAGAUCAUCGUUUUUUCAAGUAUAUGGGCCGUGGGGAAGAGAGUACCACUAUAAACUAUUUGAUUGAAUUGAUAGACAGAGUAGAUGACAUCUACCGAAAUACUUCCUGGGACGAUGGAGCCUUCAAUGGGUACGGCAUACAGAUAGAACAGAUAAUCAUCCACAAUGAGCCAAAUCUUGUAAAACCUGGAGAAAAGCAUUACAAUAUGGCAAAAAGUUACCCAGAUGAUAAGAAAGAUGCCUGGGAUGUGAAAACGCUGCUAGAGCAAUUUAGCUUUGAUAUUGCUGAGAAAGCAGCUCAUGUGUGCCUUGCUCAUCUCUUCACAUAUCAAGAUUUUGACAUGGGAACACUUGGAUUGGCUUAUGUUGGCUCUCCCAGACCUAACAGCCACGGUGGCAUUUGUCCUAAAGCUUAUUACAAUCAAACUGCAAAGAAGGACAUCUAUUUGAACAGUGGCUUAACCAGCACCAAGAACUAUGGGAAGACCAUCCUCACAAAGGAGGCUGACCUGGUUACGACGCAUGAACUCGGACAUAACUUUGGAGCAGAGCACGAUCCAGAUAGUCUGCCAGAGUGUGCCCCCACUGAAGACCAGGGAGGGAAAUAUGUUAUGUAUCCAAUUGCUGUCAGUGGAGAUCAUGAAAACAACAAGAUGUUCUCAAGCUGCAGCAAAAAAUCCAUCCAUAGGACCAUAGAGGUGAAGGCCCAGGAGUGCUUCAAGGAGCGCAACAACAAAGUGUGUGGGAACUCCCGGGUGGAUGAAGGGGAGGAGUGCGAUCCUGGCCUCCUGCACCAACAGGCUGAUCCCUGCUGCUCUGCAGACUGUAAACUGAAAGACGGUGCCAAAUGCAGUGAUCGGAACAGUCCCUGCUGUAAAGGCUGCCAGUUUGAAAGUGCGCAGAAGAAAUGCCAAGAAGCCAUAAAUGCCACUUGUAAAGGAGAGUCUUUUUGCACUGGGAACAGCAGCGAGUGCCCCCCUCCAGGGAAUGCUCCCGAUGACACGGUCUGCGUGGACAUGGGGAAGUGCAAGGAUGGGGAGUGCGUCCCUUUCUGUGAGAGGGAGAAGAACCUACGGUCCUGCGCGUGCAACGAAACGGAUAAUUCCUGCAAGGUGUGCUGCCGGGACGAGCAGGAUCGGUGCGUGCCCUACGUCGAUGCCAACAACCAGUUCCUCUUCCUGCGCAAGGGGAAGCCGUGCACCGUGGGCUUCUGCGACACAAAUGGCAAAUGUGAGAAGCAAGUGCAGGAUGUGAUUGAACGAUUUUGGGAUUUCAUAGACCAACUCAGCAUCAAUACUUUUGGGAAGUUCCUGGCGGAUAACAUAGUGGGCUCUGUGCUCGUUUUCUCCUUGCUUUUUUGGAUUCCUCUCAGCAUCCUUGUGCACUGCGUGGACAAGAAACUGGACAAGCAGUACGAGGAGAACACAAAGUCCCUGUUUUGCCCCAGUAACGUGGAGAUGCUCAGCAGCCUGGACUCUGCCUCCGUUCGGAUCAUCAAGCCCUUCCCCGCGGCGCAGACGACGAGCCGGCACCAGCCCCUGCAGCCCAUCACUGCCGUGCCCGCCGCCGCCCCGGCACCCAAACAGGACCACCAAAGAAUGGACACCAUCCAGGAGGACCCGAGCACCGACUCUCACAUCGACGAGGACGGGUUUGAGAAGGACCCUUUCCCAAACAGCAGCUCGGCCGCCAAAUCUUUUGAGGACUUGACAGACCACCCUGUCAUCAGGAGCGAGAAAGCUUCCUCCUUCAAACUGCAGCGCCAGAACCGGGUGGACAGCAAAGAAACAGAAUGCUAGUGCCCCACUGCCUUCUACACCCACCACUCCUGUCUGCAAAAUAAGGAUCUAAAACCAUUUCAUUUCUAUAAAUAUAAAUAUAUGUAUAUAUAUUUUUGUGAGGGAGCAGGGGAAAUAAGGAAGUGACCUACUGCAGAUGCUGGUCAUGUGUAUGACCUUCCUUAAAACACAUUUAUUAGAGCAUUCUAUCUUUUAAAAAGGAAAAUCCAAACUAAAACUGGCUUGUUUUUGAAGCUUUUUGGAUUUGAUUUUUCUAUUUCCUUCACCUUUAACAUUUCCUUCAACCUGUGGUGCAAAUCCAAUAUCCUGCUGGAUAUUGCAUUGUGUAUAUCAGCCUUUUUUUAUAACUUAAUAUUUUUUAGUCUGACAGCACUGAGACAAAAUUAAGGGGCUUUUAAAAAGAAAAUGCAAAGGCUGCAGGAUAUUCCAUAGAGGGUAGGUCAUUUAGCUGUUUAAGGUACAUGGAAGCAAGAGCCUGAACAGAUGCCUCGAGAACAGGAGGCCAGUAAUGAACCAUGAAACAGUGUGGUCUGAUGGCAUCGAGUGAAGGUGCACAAUUGGAAUCACGAAGCUGAAGAUACACAGCUUCCCAA